GGCCUGCCCACCUCUACUCAUCGUCUCUUCUAUAAUUCUCCAACACGUCUUCUUCACUCCCUUCUUCUCCUUUGUCUUCUUCUCCACUGGAUUAAAUUGCAACCAUGUCCGGCUUACGGUUCCUUGACCUUGUAAAACCCUUCGUCCCCCUCGUCCCCGAAAUUCAGCUUCCAGAAAGCAAGGUUCCUUUCAACAACCGGCUAGUAUGGACGGGCUUAACCCUCCUAGUCUUCUUGGUCAUGAGCCAGAUGCCUUUGUACGGAAUUGUAUCCUCGGACACGUCAGAUCCCCUAUACUGGCUGCGUAUGAUGAUGGCAAGUAAUCGGGGUACUCUGAUGGAGCUGGGUAUUACGCCAAUCAUCUCGUCGGGCAUGGUUUUCCAACUCUUAGCCGGAACUCACUUGAUUGAUGUCAACCUGGAUCUGAAGUCGGACCGCGAGCUGUACCAGACGGCGCAGAAGCUUCUUGCCAUCCUCAUAUCCUUCGGACAGGCUGUGGUCUAUGUCAUCUCUGGUCUCUAUGGCCAGCCCUCCGAUCUUGGCGCCGGUAUCUGUGUCCUUCUUGUCAUUCAGCUCAUCAUUGCCGGUUUGAUCGUCAUCCUCCUAGACGAGCUUCUCCAGAAGGGGUAUGGUCUUGGAAGUGGUAUCUCUCUGUUCAUCGCGACCAACAUCUGCGAGUCGAUCAUGUGGAAGGCUUUCUCCCCAACUACCAUCAACACUGGUCGUGGACCUGAGUUCGAGGGAGCGAUUAUCGCCCUCGUUCACCUGCUUUUCACCUGGCCAAACAAGACGAUUGCUCUCAAGGAGGCUUUCUACCGCCAGAACCUCCCCAACGUUAUGAAUCUACUCGCCACCGUUGUUGUCUUCGGUGCCGUCAUCUACCUCCAAGGCUUCCGCGUUGAAAUCCCCGUCAAGUCUGCCCGCCAGCGUGGUGUUCGCGGCUCAUACCCUGUCCGCCUCUUCUAUACCUCCAACAUGCCUAUCAUGCUGCAGUCCGCGCUGUCCUCUAAUGUGUUCUUAAUCAGCCAGAUGCUGUUCUCCCGCUUCUCUGACAACCUUCUCGUCCGCCUUAUCGGUGUCUGGGAACCUCGUGAUGGAUCCGCUCAACUAUUUGCUACAUCCGGUAUUGCCUACUACAUGUCUCCCCCCCUCUCCAUCACUGAGGCGCUCUCCGACCCUCUCAAGACGGCUGUCUUCAUCGUUUACAUGCUCGUCGCAUGUGCCGUCUUCUCUAAGACUUGGAUCGAAGUUUCGGGGUCCUCUCCCCGCGAUGUCGCCAAGCAGUUGAAGGAACAGGGUCUCGUGAUGGCUGGCCACCGUGAAGAGUCUAUGUACAAGGAGUUGAAGCGCGUCAUCCCCACGGCUGCCGCUUUUGGUGGAGCUUGCAUUGGUGCUUUGUCUGUUGGUAGCGACCUUCUCGGUGCUUUGGGCAGUGGAACUGGUAUCUUGUUGGCCGUCACAAUCAUCUACGGAUACUUUGAAAUUGCAGCUAAAGAGGGAGAUAUGUCUGGUCUUAAGGGCAUGGUCAUGUGAUAAGAUUCACCUUUACCCAGGAAGAUUGAAAUGCUGUUGGAGUUGGAAUUGAGGAGAUAUUCGAUUUCCUUGAGGUGAUUAUAGUCAAGGAUAAUGAUGCGUUCUUGAUAGAGGCAGGCAGCAUCGUGUAUACUACCUAGUGGGAAAAAAUGAUACUGGCUGUUCUUGCUGGAUGGUUUUUGUUACUGGGCGAGAUAAAAGUUUGGCCUUGGAACUAUGGGCAUGACUGGUGGGGCACUUUUGUGUAUGUGAAUCUAGUUAGAAGUCAGUAUCGGGAGUUAAAAUGCUAUUUCGCUAAGUUUUGCUGCUGGGAAUGGGGCUAUGGUAGUGUUGUGGGGUACUGGGUAUUGUGUAGGUGUAAGAUCUCGUUUUUAAUCGCGUUCAUUUCAUUUUGUGUUGAG